UGGAAAAGAAGACCGAUAGUUUUUUGUACCUCUGUUUGAGUUUCUGUGGGGGAAAGACAUGUUUUGCGGAGGAAAAGUAAAGUGUGUGUCUGAAACGUACGGUCUUCAAAGCCGACAGCCAAGGGAUGUUACCGAGACUUACGCGAGCUUCAUUAUCAGCAAAAUAGGACCAUAAAUCUUUCUCUGACGGGGGGGAAAAAAAAGCUCUGUUUGGGGUGCAACACAGAGGACAGAAGCAUAGGGGAGAAGAAAAAGAAGAGAAAGACAAAAAGGAGUGCCUUAUAAGUGAAAAAGGAGAUUUUUUUUGCAAAACUUGCAGCACUUUGUUAACAGUGAAGAAAGGAUGAGACCAUUGAAGAAAAACAGAGGCCGUUCUCCCCUGAUUACUAGAGGAAGAGGUGGGAGAAGAAGAGGAGGGUCCCAACCCUUUCAAGAGAAAGACCCCAAAAGAGUCAAGGGGGAGACAAUCGUCAAACCUACACAGCUUACACCCGUCACUCCCUCCACACGCAAGCAAACCUCAGCCACAGCCUCAAACUCUGAUGAAAAACCACUCACAAACAGCAAUACUCUUCUGAAGGAGGAGCCGGCAGAGCUGCUGAAACCUGUGGAGCCAGAUGCAAAGGACAUGAAGAAGGAAGAAGAAAAGACAGAAACGGAGAAAAUAGAAAGGACAAAUGGAAAUAGUACUAUGUCCACUGAUACUUUAGCACUUCCUGCCUCUGCCUCUGCCUCUGCCUCUGCCCCUGCGCCGAUCUCCACAACCACACCCCCUCUGGCCCCAAAUCACAGCCCAAGCUCAGUCUCAGUCUCUAGUAGGAAAACAGCCACAUUCAAGGCCCGUGUGCCCAAGAAAAAAUACACAUAUGAGCACUUUGCUAACAACACAAGUUCACUCACUACCAUUCCUACCUCCAACCCUGCACUCAUACGUAACAGUUACUGCAAUAUUAACAGCAAAAUCAGUGAUAGAAUGAUUACGCCCCAUAAUAAUGUAAAGAGUAGUAACAAUAUUAAUAAUAGCAUUAAUAAAAGCACUAACGUAGGGAUCAGUAGUCGUAAUAACAGCACAUUCGGUAUUAACAACCUGACUAACAAUAGUAACAGUAACGUUGGGAGCCAUAGUACUUUUAUCAAUAGCAGUAAUAGUAGAAGUAAUAAUAGCUCAGGUAAUCAACCAUUAGUGCUAACUGUGGACAGUAAAGCUACAGGAGCAAACCAUUUUGUUUCCACAGAAGAUAGGGCCCUCAGGAAAGCAGAUUCCCAGGAAAAAGAUUCCCUGGCUAGGGAAAAUGAUUCAGAGGCGGCCCCUACCUCAGUGCGCUGCUCGUCUACGGAUACAGCUAGUGAACACUCAGCUGACCUGGACGCAAUGGAAGCAUCAGGACCAAGCCUUCAUCAGAAAAACUCCCACAUUCCAGCUCUUCUCCUUAACUCGCACACUAAAGAGGCCAGUCUCUCAGAGGGUCUAGCUGAAGCUCUGGCGAAAGGCAUGAAGAACCAGAGAGUCCUGGCUCGUCAGAUAAAGACGACCAUGACUUCAGGAAGCAGAGGGGUUAAAGAGGUUGACUCAUGCACUUUAUCAUAUGUGUUCAGACCAGGAGUGGUGCGUAGGGUGAGUGGAGGGGCUGUUGAAGUGCAGCUCCAAGGAGCGGAGACCUUUGUUAAAUACCCUUUCGAUGGUGGAGCCGCGAUGACAUCAUCACCACAGGACAAGAGCACUGUAGAGUUCAUUUUGGAUGCCCCCCCACCUGGCAUGGCACCUGUUGCGAUCGGGACCCGAGUGUGUGUGCCCUUUGGCGGGGAGGAGAGGGGUCCUCUGCUGUACAGAGAGGGGAUUGUCACCCAGGUGGACCCCCACCCGGGUGUCACAUUUCCUUACCAGGUGCUCCUGAGUGAAGACACAGAUAUUCAGGACAAUGGAGGGGUAGGGUCUGAGAAAGAGAAAAGGAAAGCUAAUGCUCAGGCUGUGUGGGUGUCCCGACAAAGUCUGAGGCUUGUCAUUCGUCCAUGGGAGGUUCCACACAUAGAUGGUGGGAGGGAGAAGGAGAGAGAGCGGGAUAGGGAAAGGGAAGAGAGGGAGCGGAGGGAGGAAUUGGAGGUGGAGAGGGAAGUGUGCCAGUUGAGUAUUGGGAUGGGGGUGCUAGGAGGGGGAACUAGGUUGGGCAAUAGUUUUUCACAUGAAACGGUAGCAGGAGGGCUUCCCUAUAGAAAUGUAAAUCCCCCACCUCAUUCGGGUAUCGCUGGUUCAGACCAAGGCUGUGGAGAUCAAUACUCUGACAGAGAGGGGCAGAAACAGCCAAACACCCCAGAAGAAGACGUUGAGGUGUCUCGUUUUAACAUGGGCCUCAUUGUCGGAAACAAGCCAAAUUCUGCAACCUCUCAGCAGCGAAACAUGGUCUCCAAGUCCAGCUGCUACUCCCCCUCCUCUCCCCAUCUCUCUGUGGUACGGGGUAUGGGUCCCCUACACAUCUCCACCCUAGCUAGUCCUCAACCACCACCAUCACCUGCCCUAAUGGGGUCUGAGUUAAACAACAACACUCCAAACCUACCUCCAUCAAAGACCACUCCAACACAAACCCCUACUCUUUCUUCUGGUGGGGGGUCCUCCUCUACGCCCUCCCGUUCCAGGACACCUCUCUCAUUGGCUCAGCAGAAAUACAAGAAAGGUGAUGUGGUGUGCACACCUAAUGGUAUCCGUAAGAAGUUCAAUGGUAAGCAGUGGAGGAGGCUGUGCUCCAGGGAGGGCUGUAUGAAGGAGUCGCAGCGUCGAGGAUACUGCUCCAGACACUUGUCAAUGAGGACCAAAGAGAUGGACGCAGCCGGGGGAGAAAGGGGAGGAGGGGGCAGCAGCUCAGGGACAGUCACACCCUCGGACCUGCGAGGCAGAACAAGCAGUGAGUUUGAGUGGGACGACACGUCGAGAGAGAGCAGCGAGGCCAGUAGCAGAGGAGACUCCAGACCCCGUUUGGUUCUCCCCACCCUCCUCCCCCAUGAACUUUCAUCACGCUUUGACUUCGAUGAGUGCGAGGCCGCAACCAUGCUCGUGUCACUAGGGAGCUCCCGAUCUGGCACCCCCUCCUUUUCGCCCAUCUCUAACCAGUCACCCUUCUCCCCUGCCCCCUCUCCCUCACCCUCCCCGCUUUUUGGCUUCAGACCGGCCAACUUCUCCCCGAUUACAGCCUCCCCUGUUCUGAAUCACCGGAGGCACAGGCAGCCCAGUGGGACAGGGGGAGGCGGAGCAGGGGGCAGUAAGACUACAACCCUUGCUGGAGGUGGAGAAAGGGAGAGACACACUUCAGGCAUCCAGCCCUCCUUCCACAGCAACCUGACGUUUACAGUUCCCAUGAGCCCCAGCAAACGAAAGUCUGAUGCACCUCCUCCACCUCCCCUCCCCUCACACCACCAUGAUUACACGCCCCGGACGGAGCUGGAGCAGGGGGAGCUCAAUAACUCUUUCAGGGUGUUGUCCCCCCAGACACCAGCUUCACAUCCUCACACACCCACCUUUUCCCGACCCAGAGGAGUGACCACCCCCUCCUCUAGUAGGCCACCGUCCUCCCCUGCUGUUUCCCCCCCUCCUCUACUAAUGUCUCCAACUCCUCCUUCUCCUAUCAACCCUGAUGGAGGACCUCGUCGAGUGGUCCCUGUAUCCCAACAGACCUUGCGGGACUCCCCUGUUAUUGUGAGAAAUCCUGAAGUCCCACUGGCAAAAUUUUCAGAGUGCCCAUUGGGAGAUGGAGGGGGAAACGAGGAGGGGACAGAAAACACCACAUCUAAAGACAUUGGCCUAACAGCCCUCACCCCUCAGCAAAUUUCCGGCCUCCAGGUUCCGGUCCCCAUCAACGCUGCUGCAGCCGCAGUUCCCAACGGCACUGUCCUCUUACGGAGUCCAUCCCAAACUCUGGUGCUUGUGUCUCCGUCACCUUCCUCCCUGCCCACCACUGACACCCCUGUGGCCCCCCUGCAGGCCCUGUCAGUAACAGUCAGCACAACAGUCACGGCUCCUGCUCCCAGUAGCACGGACAGUUCUGGGGAACAAGAAGAGAACAGGGGGACAGGGUUUGGGGGUGAGGUCCAGCAGCCAGUUCCCUGUCACCCCUCUCCUACUGCUCUGCUGCCCCUGAUUCUCCCAACUGAAAACCUUCAUCCUGUCCCGAGAAAAGACAUCAUUAUGGGACGUCCUGGCACAGUGUGGACCAAUGUUGAGCCGCGGUCAGUUCCAGUCUUCCCCUGGCAUUCAUUGGUACCAUUCCUGGCACCCACCCAAUCAGAUGCUUCUUCUCAGGCUGGAGAAGGCCAGCACCCUGUCAAUCAUCCCCAAACAGCUAGUCUGAAGUCAGAGUGUCAUGGGGUGGCGGCUUUGUCACAAGAGCCUGCAGAGGCACCCCCAACUGUGGAGAGAGGUUCCCUGUCCAGGCCUACCCCCUCUUCUGAUGAGCUGCCUCCAGAGAAGGAGAAAGGAGAAGCAGAGAGAGAGAGACCUGACAGUGAGACAGAGAGCGAUGUGGAUGACCCCUUCCUCCCAGGAGUAGUUCCAGAGCAGCCCCUCGCCACAACACCAGUAAAGCGACGCACUCAGUCCCUCAGCGCGCUGCCCAAAGAUGGAGAUAAGAGUAGCCCUGGGAAGAGGGAGAAGGACCACAUCAGACGACCCAUGAAUGCAUUUAUGAUUUUCAGUAAGCGCCAUAGAGCACUGGUGCACCAGCGGCACCCAAACCAGGACAAUAGGACAGUUAGCAAAAUUCUGGGGGAGUGGUGGUAUGCUCUGGGACCCAAGGAGAAACAGAAGUACCAUGAUUUAGCCUUCCAGGUAAAAGAGGCCCAUUUUAAGGCCCACCCAGACUGGAAAUGGUGCAACAAAGACAGGAAGAAGUCCAGCUCCGAAGGCCGUGGUGUCUCAGGGGGCAAAGACAUCAGAGAAAGGAGCAUGUCUGAGUCCACAGAGCCCCAUUCUGUGGAACUGAAGAGUGUUGUUCCAGGUCUGGUGGGUGUGUCUGAAAGGAAUACAGGAGAAGGUCACGUGGGCCAACUUACCCGUCCUCGAGCCUUCUCUCAAAGUGCCAUGCACAGCCUUGAUCGGGUGGACAGGGGAAAUACACAGGCUCUGGCAGAACUGGCACAAAUGUGUGGAGAUGGUGGCAGUCAGUUUUCCAGUCAUGCCCCACCCCUGUCACAGUCCCAGCGGGGCGUCAGUGAGGACAUGACCAGUGACGAGGAGCGCAUGGUCAUCUGUGAGGAGGAGGGAGAUGAUGAUGUCAUCGAGGACCCUUAUCCUAGCAGUUCCAUAGACCUCAAGUGUAAGGAGCGGGUGACUGAUAGUGACAGUGAGAACGGUUCUGGAGACGAAAGUGAUCGGAAGAGAGUUUUUGCUCCAGUCAUUUGCACUUCAGCCAUAUCUUCUUCCUCGCAUCAACCCCCUCAUGGUAGAAGUGUCUCUCUGUCCUCUUACCCCACCAGCAAACGCUAUGAUGAGGGGAGGUCAGGAGGUGGAGGCUUUUCAGAUCACAGAAGGAAGGAAAGAAGAGAGGGGGAGGGUAAGGACACAUUUGGGGGUGAGGGUGGAGGAGGAGUGCAGGCCUUUUCUCUCUCCCUCUCUUCUGGCCAGUCAGUCAUCGCCACUUCUCCAGCUGGAGGGCCUCCAUGCUCAUCAGUAGGCUCAAGUGGAACAAACCCAUUCCUAGGCACUGGCACUGUAAGGGUGGCCUCUACAGUGGUGACCAACGUUAUGCGUCCUGUUAUCAGCACACCACUCCCCAUCGCCAGCAAACCCAGAGAUGGAGGCAUGUCGUCAAGCCCCCAUCCAUCAGAGAGGAGGUGCCUGACUCCCCAGCAACCACAACUCCUGAUUGGUUCAGGGCCAGGAGGCAUGGCUGCUGCCACAGGGGGUGGGUACUACUCUUCAUCAUCACCUAAUCCUGUAGCUGCAGGUGUGGGCCCUGGUGGUGUAGUGACUAAUUUGGUAUUAGGAGGAGCUCUCUCUGCUCAACCUGCUGUGCAGCUCUUCACCCCCUCCUCCCAGCCUCAAUCCUCCCAGCAACAUGCGCUCACCCACACUGCUAUUUCAGCAACGCAAAGCCACACCAAUGGUCCCUUGCCUCUAUCCCUGCUUCAGCCCCAGUUCCUUCCUGCCUCUUCCCUCACAUCCCCUGGGGGCAAGGCCAUCACACAAGUUCAGUAUAUCCUGCCCACCUUACCUGCCAGCGCCCACCCAAAGAGUCCACCUCAACAGCUAAGCCAGCCAACCAGUUUCUUCAACCUGCCCACAGCUCCACCCACUCAUGUGUCCCUGGCCAAUGGAAAGCAGCAGGGUGCAGGGUCACUGACAGGAUAUUCAUCGGGAGCGGUGGGAGUGGUCAGCCCGGGAACUAGAGUGCAAACACAGUCGCCAGUCCUCCAGGGUAAAAUGCUUGUUCCCAUGGCAACAGUACGAGCUGCACCAGCCCAAGCCCAGCAGUUUCCGAUUGUGGCUCCACCUCUUCCUGUCCAGAAUGGUGCUCAGGCGGGAAGCAAGAUCAUCCAGAUAGCCCCCAUGCCUGUUGUCCAAUCACAGCUGCCUCAGGGUGGAGCCGUCCAUCCUGCCAGCCCAUUCCCUGUGGGAACUGCUGCUGUGGUGGCCCCAGGAUCAGCCCCCUCCCAGGCUGUACUCCUGCCACCAGCACCUACCAGGAUCACCUACGUCCAGUCCACUCCAGGGGUCCCAUCCACUCUGCCUCUGGUCUCCACGACAACAGGCUCCUCCACCACCCAGCAAGCCCUGCCAGUGACUGGAUCUGCAUAUGUCCCAUCGCCCCUAGCAACACUUGGGUUCACAGCUAUUGCACCACCUGGACAGACACUGGUUCAGCCGCUGAUUGCAGGUCAGCCACCACUCCUGGCCACAGCUCAGUCUCCAUCACCUUCCACCUCAGCCCCUGCUUCAGGCUCUGGCGGCCAGAUAGUCACUGCAAUCUACCCUCCUUCCCCUAGCGUCACCAUGGCAACAGGGGUGGUCUCCAUGACAGCAGUACCCCCCAGCGUGGUCUACUCCGUCUCCAGCCCCUCCAGUGCUUCCCCUCACAUCUUUUCCAAACACACAGCAAUCCCAACAACAAUCACGCACCCACAUCCGCAGCUUCAUACAGACAGACAGGCAGACAGACACAUGCCCCCGGACAGACCUGCAGAUCGACACACAGAGAGACAGGCUGAGAGGCAGACAGAACUGCUCAUGCACUCUGAAAGACAACUGGAGAGGCAGUCGCAGAUCUCCAGCAGCUCAGUGGCACCUCCCAGUGGUUCAUCUGUGUCCAUAAGGCCCUGCAGUCCUCCACCUCAGAUCCAAACAUCUGGAAAUACACCAGGUACACCCAAACUAGCCCAGCUUCCAGUCAGGACCCCUCUUAAGGUGAAGGCAAUGGUAGCGAACAUCCCCGUGGGCAGCUAUGAAGGAGGGGGCCGAGGAAAAGGAGAGAGAGGGAGAAGGAGAGGGAACGAGACAGGGAGCGGGAACGAGAUAGGGAGAGAGAAAGGAGCGGGAGCAAGAGCGGGAAAGGAGAGGGACGCUGCAGCCUCUUGCCAUUUCUCUUUUGAUCCUGAGCCUGCAGGGCAAUCGGGGUCUCCAACAACACAUCCAGCUGAAGAGCCUCCCUCCUCUGACAGACCGCUGGAGGGCUCCAGUGCAGCAGACUCCUCUGAAACACGGAGCAGGGAAAGCACAACCACCAAAGAGACUGGAUGGAAGGAGUCCCUUCCCCCCUCUCCUCCCCCCCUUCCAUCAACUACAGAUUCUGCCCUUCCACCCCCACAGACUGACAAAGAUGCCCCUACACCCAAAAAGGUCAAAUCCCGUCCGCCACCACUGAAGAAGACAUUUGACUCUGUGGACAAGGUGCUGUCGGAGGUUUACUUUGAGGAGCGCUUUGCUGAACUGCCAGAAUUUCGGCCUGAGGAAGUUCUUCCCUCACCCACCCUGCAAAGUCUGGCGACUUCACCUCGCGCCAUCCUGGGCAGCUAUCGCCGCAAGAGGAAGAACUCUACAGAUUUGGACUCAGCCACUGACGAACAACUCUCUCCCAAGAGAAAGAGUCGGCGACGCUCAAGCUGCAGCUCCGAGCCAAACACUCCUAAAAGUGCUGCCAAGUGUGAGGGAGACAUCUUUACCUUCGACCGAGCAGCCACAGAUGGAGAAGACAUCCUAGCAGAACUGGAGUUUGACAAGGUGCCAUACUCCUCCCUGAGACGAACCCUGGACCAGAGGAGGGCACUGGUCAUGCAGCUGUUUCAGGAGCAGGGCUUCUUUCCAUCUGCUCAAGCCACUGCAGCCUUCCAGACAAGAUACUCCGAUAUUUUUCCAACCAAAGUCUGUCUGCAGCUGAAGAUCCGGGAGGUACGACAGAAGAUCAUGCAGACAGCUACUCCAUCCGAUGCCCCUGGUUUUGGCAUUCCUGACUCAGCUGGUCUCCCUGGACCCUCUGGCUGCCAGCCAGGAGAGGGAUCUGUGAGAGGUGUUGGGGACCUGCAGGACGAUGAAGUGGAUCAGGGGCUUGAGGGGAGCCCUGAGGAUCCGCGUGACUCACAAGACUCCUCUAGAUGAGGGAUGCUGACUGAUCAGCUUCUGUCACACCUUUGCACCCCCUAAAUGCUUUUAAAAGAUACAUUUUAUCCCCACUCUGAACUCUCCUCUGGUCACAUCCUGGUUUCUUUCUUUCCUUAGCAGCCAAGCUGUGAGACUGAGAGAUGUUUGUUUGCAAUGCUGGGACUUUUAUCUUGUAAUGUGUGACCCUCAUACCAAAAAAAAGAAACCUUAAAAACCAGUGGCACAAAAACUACCACAAAACAUAAACACAUACACCCUGCAAAUGUUUGAAUUUCACACUUGAAUUAGCACUCUGUAUUAACUAACUUGGAGAAAUCUCAAAUCAAUGCCAGUGAAAGGACCAUUGUGUACAGCUGCAAUCAUUCGCCAUGAAGAAGAAAGAAUUCUCGUUUUGGACCGAGCAACGUUCAGAGAGGAUGAAGUCAGCAGUUUUAAUUAAGGACAUUAAAUGUUUUAAUAUUUGUUAUUGAUAUGGUUUAAAAGCAGUUCUCAGCUUAAAGCAAGCUGUAUGUAGACUCAACUGUUGUAUGCUUGAAAAUGUUUCUGAUGACAUAGGGGGCUGGGCCCUCAAAAGCCAGAAACAAUUUGAAUUGACGAGAACUUGUUCCUUUGGACCUGGAAAGAUUUGUCUCUCCUUUUUAUUUCUGACGUGUGGAACUUCAGGGGAGGUCUACGGGGAGUGACUUAACAUUAGUGGACUUCUGGCAGUGCCAUCAUUCCUGCAGUUACCUGUCUGGCCAAGUCCUCCCUUCUUGCGACUGACCCUAGCACAUGCCAGUAGGUAGGAACCAAGCAUUCCUGUGCCUCUCAUUUGUUAGCCAUGAAGGACGGAGGAGGGUCAGAGUCAACCGGCACAUCAUGGCUCCUAGUUGUAGAGGUCAGGCUGAUUCAAGCCUUAAUCCUCUGUUGCCAAGCAGUUUUAUUAACUUUUUUAAAGGAUUUGAUUUGUAUUUAACAUUAUCAUAUUAAGUUUGUUGUUGUACUAUUCUGAUGGUUAUUAUUAGUAUUAUUAUUACUCCUCAUAGCAUUGCAGUGAACCCUGGCCCCUUUGUUUUUGUUGCUAGCAGAUGUGUCCUACAUUUCUGCCAGCUGUUGAUUUCUUGUGCUAUAUUUUUUUUUUUUACAUUUUUAUUUUGGAGGCAGGUGAGACACUGCUCCACACCUGUACAGUUCCUCUAUUGUAGUCUUCCCUUGACUGGCCUCUCACCUCAGCAAGGAUCUGCGGUGCAGUUCAUUUUUAUUCUUCAUUUCAAAGAGGACGAACACAAUGUGGACCUUUUUUUAUAUUAUUUCAACUGUAAGAAGCCGUAUGUUUGUUUAAGACCACCCCGUAUGCUUGUCCCUCGCUUAGUUUGAUUCUAUACUAUCAACACUUGUACAUCUCCUUCCUCCACCUUUUUCUUCACUCCUUCCUCUCUGUCACUUUAUUUCUCUCUCCAGACUUUUUAGACAGGCGGAGAGAAACCUUGGGGAAGUGAGGGGAGGCUUAAGAAUUAAACAAGAGCUGGUAGGAUCUUAUACUGGUUGUCUUUGUGCAAGACUUGGUUGUAUUGUAAAUAAUUACUGUAGAGUCAGAAGACUCAUUAUAUUAUUGAUAAGGAAAAAUCUGUCGACUUUACAGACAACCAUUGCCAGAAGUAAAACAACUGAAAAGGAAAAAACGACAAUAAAUAUGGCUAUUAAUGUUUGUGUUGAGCUCCUUGUUCUGCUGUUCCAGCAAACAAGAGAGGAAUUUCUAUGAAUAAUUUAAGUUUGUAUCUGUAACUUUCAGUAUGCAAAUAAAAAUAGAUGUUCAAUUAAAGUGA